AGAAUCCAUUAUUCAGAGCAACAGAAGUGCUAUUUCUGGUAAUUAUUAGUCAAUAAAUGUAUCUGAAUAUAAAUAUACCAUCUGAUUAUUUAAACGUCUACCCGUCAUAACUGCAACACAGACGGUCCAUUAACUCCAUUCUGCUGCUACUCUAAUGCGCUGCUGCUCACUUCUGGGAACUAUUUAGAGGCUCCAAGAUCCGCCAUUGCUGGAAAAAAAAGGUCCAUCAGAGGGAACGGAGUUGUCGCUACUCUCUCUCUCAACGGCUCUGAACAAAAGCAACGAGUACUAGCCAAUCAGAAACAGAGUAAAGAGGGUCAUUCUUCCGCUAUCCUAGGAAGAAAGUUGGUUUGCAGCACACGAUGAAUGAUGUGCAUCAGAGGCGAUUUAGAUGCGUAUAUACGCUAUGCUGAUUGGAAAACGAGUGUGUACACGCCGUACACUCAUUAUUGACAGACUGGCUGACUGAAUGUACUGUCCUGGCUAUGUUGAUCGGAGUGGAGGCUGUCUUCGCCGCAGUGCAAAAUGUCUGCUGCACCGCCUGUGAUUGACCAGCGUGUUUUCCAUCGACGUGAAUGUGAAGACCCACGGCCAGUGAACCAGAGAGGAAGCGGACAUGCUGCUCCACCGGUCCACGGUGCCAGACAGACUGCACUUCACCACCAGAGACCCCGGGCUGAUGGCAGUCGGACCAGACCUGGACUGCCCAGUGAUCCUAGUGCAGGUUGGACCCACAUGGACGACCCCACCACAAGAGAGCCUCGGCUGGAUGACUGUGAGCGGAUGGGGACUUUGUUUGGGAUGCUCAACAAGUGCCUGCGGGGGAUGGGCUUCAGCCAGAUGUACUUUGCCGACAAGAUAGUCGAGCCCAUAGUGAUCGUCUUCUUCUGGCUUCUGCUCUGGUUCCUUGGUAUUCAGGCCCUGGGACUGGUGGGAACUCUGUGCAUCAUCAUCAUCUACAUCCAGAAGUAAUGAGAUCUGGUGUUCAGACCGCGCCUGCUUUUCUCUUUGUUCAAUACUUGCAAAUGCAAGACUCAAAUACGAGUGGAUGUUAUAAUUGGAAUAAGCAGUUGAUAUGUGAUUUUAGAGGGCGGGGGUGGAGAGGGCUGUUCGGUGCUCUGUAGUGAUAGUGGCUGAAAUGGUUUCUGGACAUGCUUUCAAGUUAAUUCAGUCGAGAUACUUCAGGGUUGUCUGGAGCUUUUCCUGCCUCAGUAAAAAGGAACUGAGUCAGUCCUGCUGCUGCUGUUGCUGCUGCUGAUGAUGAUGUUGAUGUGACUGAGUGAUAUUGAUCAUGUGAUUUAAAGGAAUGGGAACACAUGGUGGGAAAUAGUUUGAGUCAGAGGCUACAAAGUGAAGUCCCAGUGUUCAGGAGGUAAAGCUGCACACAUCUCUGUGUGGAGUCUCUUUCUUUGCUAACACUGUGUUACUGUAGUGUAAGAGCGCAGUAGUAAAAUCACUCCAGUUAUUCAUCACAGGAAUCUGGAAGUGAUCGGACAUAGAGUACACCUUGUGUUCUUGUGAAACCUUUUUGCUGCAAAAUGUUUUCUCUGUGUUACAUUGGAGUACAGAGUAUAUUCUGAUAAAUGGGAGAUUUUUUUGUUGGCCUGCAAUUGCACAUCGGUGCAUCUCUAAAGGAGUAGACAGAAAUGUGAGGCAUGUAAUUAAUACAUUUCUCACAUUAAUGGAAAUUGAUAAAUUGCAAUUUGAUUGUAAAAGUUGUUCAACAGGAACAGGUGAAGUAGUCUUGUGCUAGGAGAGUGGAGUGAUCAGGUGCAAUUUCCAACUGGGUGCAACAACAUACAGUAUGCAUCAUCUUCUACUCUGGUGUGGUCAGAGUAAGUGGCAUUUACCAUGUUACUCGACCUGUGACUGGUCGAGUACAAUGAUGUCAUAUCACACUGGGUAUUCUCUCUGGGUAGUGGUUAUAUUGCGAAAUAACUUCCAUUUGUAUUAUUAGUCUGCAUAACGUUUAACUUACACAAAUAACAGUUGUCUUACACUAUCUACUUGCUUUAUUUCUGGGGGACUAACACUAUAGGCCCUCUCUUACACCUUGGGUCCGAGUAGUACCUGGUCUGACGCAACUGCAUUUUUUUUCAUUUUUCAGAAUGACACACUUUUAAUUUUCCCGUCAAAAACUACCAAGUGGAACCUUUUUAAACCAUGCACCAGGGACAGCAAGCUUUUCCCCGCCAUUAAAACUAACAAAAUUGAAUUUGGACACAAACAAAAUGAACUCUCUCCACGAGCUGAGAUCAUUUAAAUAUAAUCCUAAAUGCCUUUGUCAACGACAAACCGUCAAAUGGGCUACUUGCACAACCACGUCCAGGUUCUACUUACUACUACUCAACUGUUUCCGGUCUGGUUCAACGAUGGCACCGUUUCGUUAGCUGACCGGUAACGAAGUGUCCGCUGCAGACCUUUGUGUGAGAGGUGAAAGAGAAAAGAUCCCGGUGUAUGUUUACCAGCCGUCGUCUUCUCGGGUCGGGAUGGGUCGGAAACCCAUGAGAACUUACUACACCAUUAAAUUCCGAUGACACCGAACAAAGUGGGACACUCAGAGCAGUGCUCUGAGUACUUAUUAAUCUGUUUUUGAAAAUGUCAGCCAUGUUUUGACAUUUUCGUGCCUAGACUCCUGACAAAACUCUGAAUGAAGUAGUGAGUUAAUACAGUAGCGGUAAACAGACCGGAAACAGACGAGCAGCAUUAUUUUGAAACGGAAGUACAUCACAAAGCCUAGUGCAUGUAGUCCAUUGCCCUGAUGGCUGAGCCAUCAGUGUGGGAGUGGGAUGGUAAAUGGACUGUAUUUAUAAAGCGAUUUUCUAGUCAUAUAGACCACUCAAAGCACUUUACAGGAAAGCCACUUUCACCCAUUCCCACACAUUCAUACAGCGCUGCUAUUCACCACGCUUUUUU